CGCAUUGCGCAUCUUCUGUCCUGUUGUUGUUGAUAAGUAUCCAACCACCUCUUCAAAUUGCCGGGCACUUAAGUCGGCGCGUCCUCGACCAUUAUGGCUUGCAGCCUUGCCUCCAGAGGCCUAAGUGCUCGCCCCUGCCCUAGAGCACUACGUAGCUCACAACGCGCUGCUCCUCUGCGCUGCCGCGCGUUGCUAGGCCAUGGGUCGCCUGAGUCCUCCGAGGAGCCGAAGCCAGAAAGUACUGCAGAUGCUAUUACGCGCAGUUUGACAGAGCUUUCGGGCUCCUCGGGGCGCGUGAGCCUCGGCUCGAACCUCUUGCUGUGCGCUAAGGGCGAGGAAGAAUGGCGGCGGCUGUCAAACAAGGUUUACGGCGACAAGUUUCCCAUCCAGCGCUCCUUCACGGCAGUCGGCACGGGAGGGCAGGACUUCAGGCAGGCCAUGGUGGCGGCCGUCGAGAGCGUCGUGGGCUACGUGCACACGGAAUGUGUUGCGGAGAAGCACAGCAGUGCUAAGAAGUACAUUUCGGUGACCGUCGGCCCCGUGUGGGUUGAGAACGGCGAGCAGAUCAUCGCCAUCUACCAGAAGAUGAAGGACGACGCGCGCGCGCGGUACCUCAUCUGAGCUGACCUAUGCAGGUCCGUGAGUACUGUAGGCGGCUGCCGCCUAUGCGUGACCAGCUGCCAAUGCUGGUGUUGCUGCCGGUGGUGCUGGUGCUGUAAGCGUUGGGUGUGCGGCCACAUGAGCCGGUGCCAGUACCCGUGUCGGUGUCAGUGCUGUUGGGGUGGUGGAGGCUGCGACUGCGGCACGUGUAAAUGCUGUUUCAGCAGCACUCUUUUCGGGGGCGCUCUUGGCCCUGCUGGAGAUGAAGAAAUGGCGAUGUAAGCGGGUGUGGUAUUUGUGCGGUACGGUGAAACAUGCUCAUGUAUGUGAUCAAUGCACCUGGCUGUGAUGCGUGUUUGUUGUUGUGAUGUUUGUCUGUUGUGGUUUCGGCUGCACGGGGGCAGCCGUGACCUCACGCGAUGGGCACCUCCUUGUAUGCGAGCGUUUCGGAGCGGGGCGACCGCGGCCCAGUCGACUUGCAUCCCGGAUAGACCGCCCUAAUAAUGUGUGCUUGAGGCCUGCAGCUCACGCUACAGGUAGUGAUUUCGGACCUGCAAGCCGAUCGCAUGGGCGUGAGUAUCAUGGCGAUUGGAUUUUGCCAUGUGUGCCGUCGCACUCGUGUAAGUGGCAUGAAAGUAGGCAUGGUCAGCAGGGUUUGAGUUUUGAGUGAGGAGGGCCGUAGCCCUGGGACGGGAUGAGCCGUGGAGGCCAGUGGAUGUCGCGUAGACAUGCGGUGGAGUGUUUGGCUAGUGCGGGACAUCCUAGGAUACCCUCACCAAGCUCGAGCGAUAACUGUGGAGGCAGUCAUGGCGCAACAUGACUGAUUCCAGGGGCGCCCUGAUUGUUCACGUGCGUGUAUGUGCGCGGUGGAUGGAUAACAUGCGAGUAGCAACCGGACUAACAGAGGAAACUUGCGGGAGUUAGCUGAGGCACGGCCUCCUGCACGUAUGGCAGUCCGGCCAUGUAGGCCGGGGGCGGGACUGUGCAGUCCGGUAUGUGGCAUGGGACAACGGCCCUGAACGGCCCGCGGUACGACAACGUCAAGCCGCUGCUCUCGGCGUCUCCGUUUUUCUCCGCAAAUGUCAAAUGAUAAAACGAAGAUGAACUAAAAAUGCGGAAUGGAGAAUGUGUUAAACACAAAACAAACGGAACAAAGCCGUCAAACACGCGUGCGCAGUUACGGACAAAUACCUACGCCGGAGAAUGGAGAAUGUGUGUGCGCUUCCAGGUGGGCGUGCCACGGUGCCGCCUAUGUACAACUGUACACACGG